GAUACACGCUGCCCCUCCCAUCUCACCCUCAAUACAAAGCCUAUGAACUGGGCAUGAAGCUGGGAGAAAUGGAAGGAUCUGCUAAAUACUUGGAAGUGCUGCACAGGGCAGAAGAUUACUUCCAACAGUCUGUUACCAAGCCAGAAAGCUCUUUUGAAGUGAGCCCAGGUGAUGAAAUCUUGACACUGCUACAGACAACAACUGUUGAUUUGAAGGAAUUUGAGAGAGAAGCAGCUUGUCUUCCUCCAGAGGAUGAUUUCAGGUCACCUGAUGAAUCCCAUGUUACCUUUGAUGUAGAUUCUUUUACAAAAGCGUUAGACAGAAUUUUAGGGGCAGACUCAGAAGAGCUGGAUUCUGAUGGUCUGGAUGAAGAGGAGGAGUUUGAUUUCUCGAAUGAGGAUGAUGAAGACUUAGAUGUGGAAGAUCAAAGGCAAGACCAGAAGGUGCCGCCUAAUGAGCUUAUAGGCAGUCUCAAGUCAUACAUGAGUGAGAUGGACCGUGAACUGGCACAUACCAACGCAAGUUCUGUUAAUGCAACUACGUCUCAAAGUGCUGGCCCUGAUUCGAGCUAA